AAUAUCCAAGGGUUGCGCCAAGCAAACCUUCCAGGACAGACAGGUCAGGCUUGCCUUGGCCGCUGGUGACUGCUGUUCAUCAGCUCCUGUACAUGGGUCUCUGUGGUUUCCUUCCUAUGGAGACCAAUGUGACACUUGGGAGCCUUGUGAAAUGAAGGGGCCAUUGUGACACUGCAGAGCACCAUGGAUCCAAGGGACCAUUGUGACACUGUCACUGUAGAGCCUCGUGGAACCAAGGACAUCAUUGUGGCUCUGUUGGGCUGCAUGGUCCCAAGGGGCCAGAGCAAAUCAGCGGUGCGGGAGUUGGCCCAGCUGUACCUCAGAGUCAACCAGAUUUUACCCUGGAUAAACUGGAUCACUGUUAUGUUUGCCUACUUGAAGCCCCCCUCCAUCUCCUCCCCAUCCCUGGAUCUGGCCCUGUCAGUUCUGUACUCGGUGGUGCCUCCAGCCCUGAACCCCCUCAUCUACAGCCUGAGGAACCACGAGCUCAAGGCUGCAGUCUGCAGAUUGAUGACUGGAUGAUUUCAAAAACAUUAAA